GUUUACAGAUUCAUAUCAGAUGUUUAUUGACGUGACUUUGUGAACGACAAUAGUGCUACAUACAGUACGAGUAAAUCUUCCAAGAAAUCUUCAAUUUGUGUCGGGAAAAAUUUCCACUCCUCAACCCAACCUCGACAUUAAUGAAGAGACCAAGGCCUCCGUCCGUGAAGAAACCAAGCAAGCCUUGGCAUUGACCUCAGUGGAACCGAUCAAGAAGUUCGACCUCCCACUGACCAGUUCCCAAGAGAUUGGAUGGUUUGCGAAACAUAACCCUCUCUGUGAGUUUCGCCAGGAUCCCAGAGUGAACCAUCCCAUGCGAUAUUCCGAACUCAGCCGCUAUAUGUCCAAGUAUUGGCGAUAUUAUCCGAGUGGAGCCCAGAAAAUUGCUAGUGGUCCCAACGUGUAACUGCCUGACCAUUCUAAUAGUGUCUGAUUUUUGCUUUAUUAUCUAAGUUCGAGUGUAAGACGUGAAAGGACAAGAUGGGUGAGCGAAAGGGGGUAAAUAAAUAUUACCCUCCGGAUUAUGAUCCGAGGAAGGGUGGACUCAACAAGUUCUUGGGCACACAUGCCUUGCGGGAACGGGCCAGCAAGAUCCAUUUGGGGAUCCUCACCAUUCGCUUUGAGAUGCCAUACAACAUCUGGUGUGAAGGCUGCAAAAAUCACAUUGGCAUGGGGGUCCGAUACAAUGCUGAGAAAAAGAAGGUUGGCAUGUAUUAUACUACACCCGUGUAUCAAUUUCGUAUGAAAUGUCACUUGUGUGACAAUUACAUUGAGAUCAAAACCGAUCCGGCCAACUUGGAUUACGAGAUCAUCUCGGGUGCCCGAAGACAAGAGAGACGUUGGGAUCCCACGGAGAAUGGGCAAGUUGUCCCAGAUGACAAGAACGACAUCAAGAAGCGUUGGGAUGACGCCAUGUUCAAGUUGGAGCACGGUGAGGAGGAUUUGGCCAAGAAGACCGAUGCCAAACCAAGACUGCAGAAGCUUACGCACAUUCAAGAUCGUGUCAAGGAUGACUACCUGGCCAAUCGCAUCCUCCGUGACCGAUUCAGAUCCAACAAAAAGGAGAUCAAAGCCAGGGCCAAAGUGGAUAACGAGCUGCGAGCAAAGGCCUCUCUAGGCAUUAACUUGCUUCCGGAGUCACCUGAAGACAUCCGAACUGCGGCCUUAAUGCGAUUGCAACCUUCAACCUCUUCAGAAGAAAGAAUCGAAGGCUCUCGGGAUCGGAUCCUGGACGAAUCCAUAUUUGAGCCUAGUUCAUCAUCCUCCAUCGCAGGGCCAAGCCACGUGGUCAAACCAGAUUUCGGAACGGUGAUUCAACGCGAAAAACAAAAACGUGCCGAGGCCAAGAGCUCGCCUUCAAAAAGCAGCCUCGGGGUCAUUGUCAAAAAGAGCACGAAGCGACAAUCACAGGACGGAGAGAGUCAUACACCACCUGAGAUUCUGAAAAAGAAGCCUUUGUCAACCUUAUGUGACUAUGCUUUUUCCAGUAGUAGUACGAGCGGCGACUCAGAGUGAAAUACGUAAAUUACAUGUCGCCUUACCCAGA